AUGCGCAGUCGCUUCGAAAAACUCUGCCGCGAGGCCCAAAUCUCCAUCACCAAGGCUAUUGAAGAAAUCGACGGGGAAGGCGUCUUCCGCGAAGACUGUUGGACACGGGCCAACGGUGGCGGCGGUAUGAGCCGGGUGCUGAGUGGCGGCAAGGUCUUUGAAAAGGCCGGCGUCAAUUUAUCCGUCGUCUACGGUUCCAUGCCACAGGAAGCACUGCAGGCGGCGACCGAGCGGGGAGUCGACCGGGCCAAGGGGAUGGCCCCCGGUGAGCGGGUGCCAUUCUUCGCCUGCGGCUUGUCCUCCGUCAUGCACCCCAAAAAUCCACACGCACCCACGAUGCAUUUCAAUUACCGCUACUUUGAAACCGAUGGUGGAGUUUGGUGGUUUGGCGGUGGAACCGACAUUACUCCGUCGUACUUGAACGAAGACGAUAUGAAACACUUCCACGGAACCUACAAGGAAGUCUGUGACAAGCACGACCCGGAAUACUACGAGGAGUUCAAAGCCUGGGCCGACCGGUAUUUUGUCAUUCAGCACCGUAACGAAACACGGGGGCUCGGUGGUAUCUUUUUUGACGAUCAAAACAACAAGACGCCGGAUGAGCAUUUCGCCUUCUCCGAAGAAGCCGUCAAUUCCGUCAUUAAAGCCUACGGCCCGAUUGUGGAAAAGCACAAGGACGAUCCCUACACGGAAAAGCAAAAGCAAUGGCAAUUGAUGCGAAGAGGUCGUUACGUUGAAUUUAACCUCGUGUACGAUCGGGGAACUGUUUUUGGCCUCAAGACGGGCGGUCGGAUUGAAAGCAUCCUCAUGAGUUUACCCGAAACAGCACGUUGGGAAUACGAUCAUCAGGUUGAACCAGGUUCACCCGAAGCGGAAUUUCUGGAAGCCUGCCGGCAUCCCCGCAGUUGGGUCUAG